AUGGCCCGCCUACUCUGUUCUUACGGUGCUCGUCCACGCCAGUCGCAUAAUUCCCAAGGUCAGACCCCUCUAGUCCUCUCCAAAUACGUCUUGCGCAACAGCAAAAUGACCAAACUCCUCUCCAGCUUCUCACCCACCAGCUCUCCACAGUCGAAGAGGUCCACCGUCUCGACUUCCGAGGACAUAGAUGCUAUCCAGAACACGGAAGAAGACGCAGUGAUUCUCCCAGUCCUUCCUGAAUCCAGUCUAAAUCUAACUGCCAAGAGUUCGACAGUGGACAGCGGGGCGAUUGCCACGAGGCUUCGGAGAACCGGGGUCGUUGCUGCGAUGGCAACGAAAGUCGCCGCUUUAAGCCCGCGGAAUGACGCGAUUGAGACCAUGUCAACCAGUUCACUGCCUUUAAGCUCCGUCGUUGACAAUGAAACCAUCGGUGUCUCACCGAGGCCUUACCUACACCGCGAGGCCAAGGUCGCCUUUACUGAAGUUGAUCUUGCCGUGGAUCCAGACACCCUCGAACCACCUCGACCGAGGGCGAAUAGUCUGAAGGUGUGUCGACGGGAGCUGGAGGUGCUUCGAAGAAAACUGCCGGCAUUUUUAACGCGAUCCUCACUCCAGAAAGCCAUGGUACAUCAACCUCGUCCUGUGCCUCUGCGAGCUCGACGCAAAGCCAGUACAAUGGAUCCAAGUGAAUACUAUCCCAUGGCUAGCCCAAAACGCGGAAUUUGCGUCAUCAUCAACAACAUGACCUACUGGCACCCGCAGUUCCGGAACCGAGGCGGAUGUGACAAGGAUGAAAAACGAGUGGAAAAGGUCUUCGGCGACCUCGGUUUCCUCGUCAAGGUCUUGCGCAACCUUUCCUCCGGCGAGAUGCGCUCCGAACUCAAAUUCAUCGGCCGGAAAACCGAUCACACCGCGUACGACUGUUUCGUCGCCGUUGUCAUGGCGCACGGUGGCCUUGGUGAACUGUACGGAGUCAACGGAGACGCCUUCCCGGUCCAUCAGCUGACGUUUGACUUCACAGCAGAGAAGUGUCCUAGCCUGGCGGGCAAGCCAAAACUCUUCUUCAUACAGGCCUGUCGUGGCGACGAAUACCAGCUGGGUUACGCUCUCCCGGUUCAGAGCAAUGCCGAAGAGCCGCCCCAAGUCGUCACCAAUCCACCUCGUGUCGAAUCCGCGUCCAAUCCGCUCUACAUUAGUUCCGGCAAAGACGAUGAGCCUGCAAUUGCGGCGGCAAAACUGCCUCGGAAGCAGCGUUUGGUGCCGAGUUUUGCAGACUUCUUGCUGAGCUACGCCACGUUGGCGGGGUUUAAAGCCCAACGGGACGCCAAGCAGGGCUCAAUGUACAUUCAGACCCUGUGUCACCAUCUGGAAGUCUACGGACGAGUCAGAAGUUUACUGGACAUUGUCACCUCAGUGCAUCGGGAGGUCUCUGAGAGGGUUUUUCGGGAGGCCGAUUCGCCAGAAGACGAAGGGACAAUCUUCCAACAGACGCCCGAAGUUCGACACACACUCACAAGACGAGUGCAACGUGGUCGGAGCUCUAGUAGCAGUGACAGUCGUUCAAACGAUGGACUGCAAAAUGGGAUCUCUAAAAAGGAGCGACUUGAAGAGCAGAGGAAGAAAGAAGAAAAGAAAGCUGAGGAAGAGCGACUCACUCGUCAACAGUGGGCUGAAUCAAAGCUCCUUGAGGAAGAAGUUGCUCGUCGAUUGGAGCGUUACCUUGAAGCAGAGUUAGCUUCACUUUUGAAAGAACGAGAGGCAGAAUUUAAUGCUGAGGUCGAAAGGCGUGUCGCGAUCGAAAAGGAGGCAUUAGAAAGGCGCCGAAAGGAAGAGGCCGAGCGAAAAGCUCGUGAGGAAGAAGAAAUGAGACUCCGUAAAGAAGAAGAAGAACGCCAGCUUAAAGAACUGAACGAGCGCCUGACACGUCAACGUGAAGAGGAACUGAGCGAACUGCGCCGUAAAGAGGAGGAAAUUCGGCAGAAGCAAUAUGAAGAGGAACUGAAAAAGUUGGAGGAGAAGCAGCGUUUGGAGGCGGAGGAGCAGCGAAGGAUAAAAAAGGAGCAGGAAAUGAUCCUUAAUCGAAAGCGUGUUCGACCUAAGUUGAGUUUUUCUUUGAAAAAGUAG